GGAUGUCUCUAAAGAUUCGGAUAUUGUGCUUCAGUCGGUCAUUGAAGGUUUACAGAAAAUGUCGAGUACAACGCUGAUCACAUUCUUUGUCUUGGUUGUUUUGACAGGACAAUCGCUUGCCCAAAAUGUGGCCGUUGAUCAGUCAGCUCAAUGGGCCAAUGAGCUGUUAAAAACCGCCCAAGUUAUAGCCCUAGAAAAGUUACCCACUUCUGCUGACGCCCAAAAUGAUGCCAAAGAACAGCUGGACACGUUAAAAAUGGCUUUAUCCCAUUGCGAAACUGAGCUCAGAUCCACUGGAAAUGUCGACCAGCACAAAAAGUGUGUUAAUGCCGUCUUAAGUGGUUUCUAUAUGGCAUUGGAUCGUUUGGCCAGCGAGCAUUGGGCCAUCUUUGGAGCCACCUCAGGUGCUUCGCGUAUCGGCUUGUUUUGCUAGCUCUAAAUCAUCCCAAAAGUGCAAACAGAAAUCAAUGAAAUCUCAUUUAAACUGUUUUUUAUUGUUAAAAAUGUUGUUGUUUUGUUUACCUGAAAUUUUGGGUUUUCUUAUAAAACUAAAAAUGUUUAAAUCAAUAAAGUUAGUUAUAGUUUGUUGAA